AUGCAUCUCACUCCACAGCCACCAAAGUUGUCUCUGAGGCCGCAACACCAAAGAGGAAGCACGCUGAAGCGGCCCCCGCUGGCACAGACCGGGAGCAGAAUGUCACCUCUGCAAAAGGCGCCUGACUUUAAUCUACUGGCAAUUGUGAUCUUGUCACGAAGAAAGUGUGGACUGUCCACCUGCACCACUCACUACCUGAUAUCCAUGGCAACAGCAGAUUUACUGGUUGUUAUCACUUCAUUUAUACUAAGGAGAAUUAAUUCACUUUAUUUCCCAGAAUCAUUCCUCAACAUCACCCCUGUGUGCAGUAUUAAUCUUGUCCUGAUUUCUGCAUCCUCAGAAUGUUCUGUCUGGCUGACCGUCACUUUCUCCUUCGAUCGAUUUGUAGCCAUUUGUUGUCAGAAGCUGAAAACAAAAUAUUGCACUGGAAGAAUUGCAGCCCUCGUUCAGACAACUACCUGCGUUCUUCUCUGCUUAAAAGACAUUCCCUUCUACUUCACACUUGAACAUGAAGUGAUAAUUGACAAUAUUCCCUGGUUCUGCAGUUUAAAGCCAAGCUACUUCACUGACCCUGCAUGGGUGGCAUUUGACUGGUUUGAUAAAGUCUUAACCCCAUUAAUCCCAUAUGCUUUAAUUCUGUUGCUCAAUGCUCUGACAGUCAAGUACAUUAUAGUGACCAGUCAAGUCCGGAACGCACGAAGGAAUCUGAGCAAGGGACAGAACUGCAGUGACCCAGAGAUGGAGAAUAGAAGAAAGUCUAUGAUUCUACUCUUCACCAUAUCUGGCAGCUUCAUUCUCCUGUGGCUUUUAUAUGUAAUAGAUUUCUUAUAUUAUGUCAUUACUAGAAUUAGUCCUGAAUAUUACAGUGAUCCUAAGCAUAUCUUUGCAGAAGUUGCAGUUAUGCUGCUCAGUUUAAAUUGUUGCACAAACGCAUUUAUUUAUGUGGUGACUCAGUCCAAAUUCAGGGAACAAUUGAAGAGCAUGGUGAAACAUACAGUCACAUCAAUUAUUUGA